AAUCAAGCAAUGUACAUAAACAAAACUACAAUAUCCCAGGAAAGUUGAUGGAAUGUUGGAAAAUCAAUUAAUAUAAUUCAUGACAUUACUAUAUUAAAGCUAAGAAAUCAUUUCCGUAGAUGUAGAAAAUUUUUAAUAAAAUUCAACAUCUAAUCUUUUUUUUUUUUUUUUAAUCUUGUUAGGGUACUAGCAAUAAAAGAAAAUGUUCUUAACCUGAUUAAGGCCAUCUAGAAAAACCCAUAGUAAAGAUCAUGUUUAGGUGUGAAAUGUUUAAAUCAUGUCAUUUACCAUCAAGAAUGAGGAAGCCACUAUCACAUUGUAGCCCCUGCAAUAAGACAAGAAAAAUAAAUAACAGGAGAAAAUAAAAUUGUCAUUAUAUGCCAAUGUUUCAUGUUAAAAAAAUGAAACAAAAUAGCUCAAUGGGAAAACUAUGAGGGUAAAUAUCUAGUAGGAAAAUUAUGUAUGAAGCAAAAGAAAUAUUAACACAUUUGAGAUAGGAAUUAUGUUUGGUGGGAGGAAAGAAAUAAGCUUAGGGAAGGGCAUAUGGGGGCUUCAAAGCUACUAAAAGUGUUAGAUUUCUUCUUCUGAAGACAAAAGCGUUCCUUUCUGUUAAUCUGAAAAUGCGUAGAUUGAUUUUAGACCUUUGUUUGUGUAUAUGGUGUUUGUAGAUGGAAUUUCUCGUGUUAAAAUCACAUCAGGUGCUUUUUUUCCCCCAGUACUUUUUCUGGUCAAUGCAAGGGAUUUCCGCAGUAAUAAGGAGUCCCCUCCUCCACUCCCCACUCCCCGUGACAAAGCCCAUAUCAGACGGGGCUGAUCCGUCACCAGCGGGCCACUCCUCGUCCCCGCAGGUCCCUGGCGUGGGGACUGGGCGGUGAGCGGGCGCGACCUGUUGUCUCCAGCAGAUACUGGGGGCCAUGGAGUCUCAGGUGGGGGGGGGCCCGGCCGGCCCGGCCCUGCCCAACGGGCCACUCCUUGGUACAAACGGAGCCACUGAUGACAGCAAGACCAACCUCAUCGUCAACUACCUGCCCCAGAACAUGACCCAGGAUGAGUUCAAGAGUCUCUUCGGCAGCAUUGGUGACAUCGAGUCCUGCAAGUUGGUUCGGGACAAGAUCACAGGGCAGAGCCUUGGCUACGGGUUUGUGAACUAUUCUGACCCCAACGACGCAGACAAAGCCAUCAACACCCUCAAUGGCCUCAAAUUGCAGACGAAGACCAUUAAGGUGUCCUACGCCAGACCCAGCUCGGCGUCCAUCCGGGACGCCAACCUGUACGUCAGCGGGCUGCCGAAGACCAUGAGCCAGAAGGAGAUGGAGCAGCUGUUCUCGCAGUACGGCCGCAUCAUCACCUCCCGCAUCCUGGUGGACCAGGUCACAGGUGUCUCUCGGGGUGUGGGCUUCAUCCGCUUUGACAAGAGGAUCGAGGCCGAGGAGGCCAUCAAGGGACUGAACGGGCAGAAGCCGCUGGGCGCAGCCGAGCCCAUCACGGUCAAGUUCGCCAACAACCCGAGCCAGAAGACCGGGCAGGCGCUGCUCACCCACCUCUACCAGUCGUCCGCCCGGCGCUACGCGGGGCCCCUGCACCACCAGACGCAGCGCUUCCGGCUGGACAACUUGCUCAACAUGGCCUACGGAGUCAAGAGUCCCCUCUCGCUCAUCGCCAGGUUCUCGCCCAUCGCCAUCGACGGCAUGAGCGGCCUCGCGGGCGUGGGCCUGUCGGGGGGCGCGGCGGGCGCCGGCUGGUGCAUCUUCGUGUACAACCUGUCGCCCGAGGCGGACGAGAGCGUGCUGUGGCAGCUGUUCGGGCCCUUCGGGGCGGUCACCAACGUCAAGGUCAUCCGCGACUUCACCACCAACAAGUGCAAGGGCUUCGGCUUCGUCACCAUGACCAACUACGACGAGGCGGCCAUGGCCAUCGCCAGCCUCAACGGCUACCGCCUGGGCGAGCGCGUGCUGCAGGUGUCCUUCAAGACCAGCAAGCAGCACAAGGCCUGAGCCGCCCCCGCCGUCCUCCCACCCUCCCCGGGCAGCAGAGAGAGAGACAGACAGACAGACAGACAGGGCCCGAGAGACAGCCAGGCAGACCCACGGACGACGUGAGGGACCCGCAUCCCUGCGAAGCCACAGGGUGAGCACAGCACUCUGGGGGGGCGGGGGUGCCGGGGCGGGGGGUGCCCGGGGGUCCCCUGCCCCGUCCCCCGCCCCACCCCCGGGCUGCGCUGGUCACUCUCUCAUCUUGGUUUGGUUCAUGGCGAAGGUUUUUGUUUCUUUUUUUGGCUAAAAAGAACGCAGCGGUGUGCCCCCACCCAGCCCCGGCCACCCUCCGUGGGUGGCCUGGGGGCCGCUGGAGGUGCCCUCCCAGGCCCCCUUGCCCAGGCCUCCCCGACACCCAAGGUGGGCUUGGGGAGAGGGAACAGGUUUAAAAAUCCCCAAAAAAGUGACACGUGAGGAGGCGGUGUGGGCACCCCCGGCCAGGGUCUCCCCUCCCCCGGGUGGACGUGGGGCGCCGGGGAGGGGGCUGGAAGCAGAAACAAAUGAAAAAAAAAAA